AUGCAGGCUUCGGAAAAGAAGGGAUUUUCGGUUUGCGAGCUAUUGUUCGAGAAAUGUCAGGAAAAGUCAGAAACUUUGAGGGGUGAUGUGAAGAGCGGAGCGUCAGCCAAUGAAGAUCAGGAAAGUCUCGGUCCGGUUCAUGGCAUCUUCUACCCACCAACCCGUAGCGAGCCAAACAAAAGAGAAAAAGCUCGACGAGCCCGAACCGCCUUCAGCUACGAGCAGUUGAUGGAGCUCGAGAAAAAAUUUAAGUCGACACGAUACCUCAGCGUGCGGGAAAGGAUUCAACUGGCAAUUUCGUUGAAUCUCACCGAAACUCAGGUAAAGAUCUGGUUCCAAAAUCGGCGGACCAAAUGGAAAAAGCACAACCCGGGGUGUGACACAAAGGAUCGACAAACACCACCAAGUGCUGAGUCCUCCCGAGCGGCUUCGCCAAAGCAAAAGUGGAUCCUUUCGCAGCCGUUAGCGAAAUUUCCGCAACUCGGCGCCCUGUCCUCUCGUCCCACGCUACAAUCCACAACCACGGCUAUUUCACUACCAUCCCUUCCACCAAUGAUGCCGUUCAACUUUUUUGCGCUUCCAACUCUGCCGACACAGUUUUUCUUUGACUUCAGCAAAGAAUUACCCGAGCUGUCUUCCUUAACCAUUCCAAAGCAG